AGUGGCGAUUAAUAAACAAUUACGUUUUGAUCGCCCGAGUCGAACGAUGAUCGUUUUAUUUUUUCAUGUUUUCUACUUUCUCGAGAGGUUGGUUUUUGACCUUCUCAAAAGCAAAGCCGAGGAUGACGCUUCUGAUAAAUCUGAAAAAGCUGAAUUAGCGAAUGGCAGCGAUAGCACCCAAGUAUACGUAGAGCAGAUGAGCGAAACAAUAUGUAACGACUUGAGCGGAUUGAAGCGUCGUUACUCGAACGACAGUUCGUGCGAGGAAUUAAAAGCGACCGUUAAGUUUUCACCGCCGGCCUAUAAGCAACGUUAUAUGGCGGUUGAGCACAUCUUGACCGAAUUAAUAUGCAGCGGUAAAAUCAAAAAGAUCGUUGAUUUUGGAUGCUCGGAGCUUGAAUUGUUUUAUUAUCUGAAGAAUUUGACCGGGGUUGAAGAGUUGCUAUUUGUCGAUAUUGAUAAGUCGAUCUUAGAAGCUUGCAAAGAGAAGGCACAGCCUGUAACCACCGACUAUAUGCAUGCAAAGACAAAUAGUUUUAUUGUACGUAUAUUGCAGGGUAGUGUCACAGAGGCUGAUAAACAUUUAGAAAAUAGCGAUGCUGUUAUCUGUAUGGAACUAAUCGAACAUCUUUAUCCAGAACCCUUGAUCGAAUUACCUUAUAAUAUAUUUCAUUUUAUAAAGCCACAAGUGGUCAUUAUAACAACUCCAAAUGCGGAUUUUAAUGUACUUUAUCCAAAAAUGAUUAAAUACAGACAUCCAGAUCAUAAAUUCGAAUGGAGUCGCCAACAAUUUCAAGAUUGGGCAAAUAAUAUUAUAUCCAGAUUUCCCGAAUAUACUGUAACGUUUCAUGGGAUAUGCUAUGGACCGGCGGGAACUGAGGAAUUUGGUGCCUCUACUCAAAUGGCAGUGUUUCAUAAAACUUUUGAUUUAGAUACUGAUAAAGUACCAGGUGUGGAAGGCCUUUUCAAAACUAUAGCCGAAUACGUAUAUCCAAUUAAAGAUGACAAUCGCUCAAAAGGAGAUAGAAUUUACAACGAUGCGGUUUAUUAUAUACGAAAAUUUUCUUUCGAUCAAGAAGAUACAGAAGAAAUUCCACUUAAAAAUUUAUUAAACGUCAUGAGAGAUUUUCAAAUAUUAUUGGUUGACUUAAGAGAAAUAUUAGAAAAAAAUAAUUGGGUUGUCGUCGAUCGAGAAGAUGGACCCGUUGUUUUAGUUCCUCCUGUAUCACCCUUUUCCGAUAAUAAUAGUACGGAUUCCACAACGUGGUAUCAUAAUUAUUCAUUAGAUGAUGAUCAAUGGAAAAAUGAAUCAGAACUACAAAUCAACAAUGUCAAUUCUAAUCAUAGCUUUAACAAAUAUUCAGAUGAUGACUAUUGGGAUAGCGUAUCAAGCAUAGAAAAUAGAAAUAACACUACGUCAAAUACUGUCCUUAGCCCAAGUAUAGUUUAUAGUAAUCGAUUUGUUUAUCAAAAUAAUGAGUUUCCCAAUAAUGUAGUAACAGAAUGUGAAUCGACUGAUCAAGCUAAUUCAUCUGGUAAUAAGUCGGUAUUUAUUUGUAGUUUUUCUGAGACCAAUGAUUUAGAAAAUGAUUCCGAUACUCCAACAAAUUCUUGUAUCGAAAGGCAAACAUGUACGACGUACGCACAUAGUAAAAUUACAGAAGCUAGUACUUCAUUCUUUUCCACCCAAUCGUUUCAGGACAGCGAAUUAAAUUAUGAGGAUGAAAAUGAGAUCGAAUCAUCUAGUGUAAAUACUAGUAUGUGUAGUAUGUUUUUGGAACCAAGUAAAAUGAGCGAGGAUAUACGUAUAGAUAGCGUAGAUUCAUUUUUGGAAACUACAAUAAGUUCACCAGUAACUACUGAGUUGGUUAUGAAUUUGAAUAAUAAUGCAUCAAUAAAUGAUGAAAAUGAAAACACAUUUAAUGAAUUAAAAUAUACAAGCUCCCCGCUUAUCCUAUUAUCACCUAAAUGUAAGAAUAUUGAGCAUAAAACCAAAUACCAAAACUCAAAUUUAGCUAACAAAAGUAACAACGAAUUAGUGCUUUGUACAAAUAACAAAUCAAAAGAUACAUUUGAAGAAACUAACAAUCUAUUGGAUGAUACUUGUACGCCAACAAAUUCAAUAACAAUGGAUAAGAUGGAUAGUAGGUAUUCACCUGAGACAAAGGACUCGAGAAAUUCGGAAGAAAUGAACAAUAGUAAUGGUGGAAUACUUACGGAACUUAAAGAUACGAUUAUCGACUCAAGCAUCGACGGACAAAAAGAGUCAAUAUCAGAAAAUGUCUUUUCAGAUAUGUUGCACAGCUUAUCACUUAGUCAUUCCAAUAUUAUAGAUUCCGGUAUUGUAGAUUCUACAAUAAAUAAUUGCGUAACAGACUCAUCAAAAAAUCAUUCUAAUGAAUCAGUGGAUGUUACAAUCCACAAUUUUAAACAAUCUGAAUUAUGAAAGAAAGAAUGUAAUGUUAUAUGUAAACAUAUACGUGCGAUAUGUUUCAGUCGCUUAUUAUUAUUACAUGGCAGGAUGAUAAAAAAAAUGAUACACCAAUUAAGUUCUCUUAUAAAAAUUUAAUACAAACAUAUUUGAAAUAGAUUUAUAAUUUAGUUUUCGAAUGAAAAGCAGACUUGGUGGUAUUGUACUUAUUAAAUACAUGCUUAUGUACAUAUACAUAUA